AGAAUAAAGCCAACUUCAGCCUAGUCUAAUAAGAACGCCAAGUUACUGUUCGGUUGAGAAGAUACAACCCACGCGAACGGAGUAAUAGCCACUGUUUUGAUUUUAAUUUUUGAGGUUAAUUUAAACAUGUCGGUUUGCAGGUACUGCGCUUUGCUGAUUAAUGUCAAUAAUUCACCGUAUUUCACUUGUGGCAGCUGUAAUUUACCUACUCACAGUGACUGUCUAAAGACCUCUAGAUUUCCCAGUACAUUGCUGGGUGAUGUAUUUUUUAAUUUCACUUGUGAAGAAUGCAGUCCAGUGGGGAACGAAGAGUUCACAAGAAACAAGUUAUCUUGGUUGUCAGUGGUGGUUAUUGCCCUGUACAACCUGCACAAACGGUCCAUUGGGCUCAGCCACAAGGGCUACUUCCACUGGAAGCUGCAGAUCUGCGGACUCAUCAACAAGAACUGGAACCAACUAUUUGGGAAUGUCGUGAAGAAGAAGAACUGGAUGGGCACAGUGUCUGGGAUACUGUCGCACUACAGCCCCAAGUUCUUCCACUCGGGCACGGAGGACCUGAAUGAGCUGGGCUGGUGGAAGCUGACCCAGCUGGUCACGCCCCAGGCCAUCAUGCAGCAGUACAGUAGAUUGCAGCAGGACAGGAAGAAGGUGGGAGCGAAGGUUCCCGAGUCGGGCUCAUCCUCUCAGGGUUCGACUUCUCCAGCAUCCAGCUCGGCUAGGGACUCGAGCCUGUCUGCAUUCGACGACGCCAGCAGCGUUGAGUUUGGCCUGGGAGAUGUCUCCAUGCCCCUCGGCCUCAAGAUGUUCCAGAACUCGUACCUGGGGCACAACGACCUGCUGCUGGAGCACCUGUUCGACGGCAGCCUCGAGGACGACUGCUCCGACGUGGACGUGGACGUUGACGUGGACGUGGAGGAUAGCCGGCCGCUGAGCCUGCCCAGCUCCUCCUACAGCCGCGCCCUGUCCCAGAUGGACAGCUUCCUGCUCGGCACCUACCAGGAUCCUUUCGAGAGCUGCAGCCUGGGACGGGGCAGCUCAGUGCUGGAGCCCCUGGACGGCGGUCCAGGCCUGGAUGCUGAUGUGGAGGACGUGUGUGAGGACCCGCCUGUGGUCUUCUCCAGCCCCAGCCUCAUCACUGUCCGCAAAACCACGACGUGGCCGUGGGAGAAAGAGGAAAAGCCUCCUGACAACGGGGGCGGGGCGCGCUGCAUGCCGGCCAGCGUGUACGAGGAGCACCAGCUCCUGUCGCGGCUGCACCGGGUGCCCGAGGUGGAUGCCCCUGGGCCGGUGCGCCGACUCCACCGCAAGCUGUGCGUUCGUCGCCUCAAGAGGGAGCGCGGCCUGCCCCUGUUCGACCUGGACCGCGGCGGCUACGGGAGCAGGGAGCGGCGGCCUGCUGGCGGGCCGGGGGAGACGAGGGUGCUGGACCGCUUCCAGGUGCAGUCAAGAAGGUCUCAGGAAUUAGGUUCUGUAGAGUCGCGCCACUGCUCCUUCAUGGUGCGCCUGAUGGGUCAGAGCGAGCCCAUGUGUUUCUGCAGUCCGUACACUCAUAGGCUGCUGAAGCCGUACAUCUGGAGAGACGGCGAGACCACGCCGCUGUGGCUGAAGCUGAUGCAGGAAGUGCAGGCGCGGGCCAACGAGAGCGUCCCCGGCUGGUCGCUGCCCCCGCGAGCACCCAUAGACUACAGCUACGUGCGACCCGAGCACAUUCCCUACAUCAACAGAAUGGCCUGCGAGUUCUUCUACCCAGGCAUCGACCUGACUGAAUGCCUACAGUAUCCAGACUUCAGCUGUGUGGUACUAUACAAGAAGCUGGUGGUGGGGUUCGCGUUCAUGGUGCCUGAUGUUGGCUACAAUGAGGCCUACAUCUCCUUCCUUUUUACAAGACCCGAGUGGAGGCGAGCGGGAAUAGCUACCUUCAUGCUCUACCAUCUCAUUCAGACGUGCAUGGGCCGGGACGUGACGCUGCAUGUGUCAGCCACCAACCCUGCCAUUAUUCUCUACCAGAAAUUUGGGUUCAAAGUAGAAGAAUUCGUGCAGGACUUUUACGACAAGUACUUCCCCAUGGACUGCAAGGAUUGUCGACAUGCCUUCUUCCUGAGGCUUAGUAGAUAAGCCGUCCACCCUCUUUUAACUGCUCGUCCAGUUUCGCUUCAGAGAAUCACAUUCUGCCAGGAUGCGGUCAGCUUGCAAAGUCCAGUGCUGAGUUAUGAUAAUGAUGAGUGAAGACUGAAGUGAGUCAGUCUGGGAGAGUGGGAGGCUUAGCAUCGCUUCGCUUCCUGGAGGUCUUCCGCUGCGUCUUGAAGAUGGCCGGGUCCACACUGUGUGUCUCCAGGUCCCACUCCUCGCCAUGCGUCGGAAAAUUGUCGUUCUGGAGGAGGUGUGGCGCGAUCAUUGCGAACAUUUGCUGUGCAACAAAAUUGAACCAGUAUUUUAUGUCUUCUAUUUACCAUACAAGAGAGACAAAUUUUCUGUUCCAGAUGUCAGGAAAGUUUUGAGCUUAGUGACAUUCCAUGUCCAUUCAGCAGGAUUGUUGAGUUUUAUUUCAUAUUAAUUGAGAAUGGACAAAUGUUCUUUGCUGUGUUGUAUUUUCACGUGUAUUGUGUGCACUGCAAUGAACUUAAUUUUUAAACAAUUUAUUGCAUGCAUUUUUUAACUAAAAUUUAUACAAAUGAUAGAGAAUAAAAUUCACUAAUUUUAUAUGGUGAUUUAUUAUGAAAAGUAAGGUCAUAUCAGUUCAUAGUUAAUUUUUUUCUUAAGUUAAUAUUGAGUAAGGCACCUAGAAAAUUUAUUUACACAUUGUGUCAAACUUCUUAAUAGUGCAUGUACAAAAGUUACAUCAAAUAUUUUAUGAUACUGCAUUGCAAUAUAAAUAUUUUUCAGAGAAAUUAAAACCAAUGCAUAUACAGUAAAAGUCCGUUAUAACGUAAAUUUAUAACUGCGCCAAAAGUUUAUGUUAUAGCGAAUUUUCGUUAUAGCGAAUUUUCGUUAUAGCCAAAAUUUUAAAAAAAAUCUUAUUUUUGCAGCAUUUUUAAAAUAUAUUAUUUUCUCGCUUGUUUUUACUAUGGAAAUUCACAACCAAAGUAAAGGAUAUAUACAUAAAACUUACUAAAAUAACAUUUUUAAGCUAUAUCAGCACUUGCCGACUAUAAGACCGCGUGGCCGUGAUAAGGCCGUCACGCACAUUGUGGCUAAGCGCACAGCUGUUUGUUUACAUGGAAAUGGGCGGGCAGGGUCACGCAAGGUCAUGCUGGCCGCUUCCUGUCGCUUUGACUGCAGCUGGUUUGCUGGAGACAGCUGAUGAUAUCGGGUGCAUAUUUGCGGAGUUUUGAAUACAAAAAAAAAAUUAAAAAAUCUCUAAUUACGUUGGACAACCUUACAAAUUAUAUAAAAUAAUUUUUCCGACAAUUGGUUAGUAACACAAAAAUAAUCACUCGUUCAGACCCUUGGAAAAUAACACAAAAUUAAAAAUCACUUUUUAAAAAACGAAUUAAUUUUCGUUUGCCUUGAUUUCACUAGACUUUCGGACAAAAUAAACGACUGAACCUCUUGGAAGUUCAUCAAAUCUUUCGUCGAAGCAUUUGUAUGCUGAUAAAAACGACUGAAUGUGUCAAGUGCCUCCAUCAUUGACGUUUUCGACGGAACAGAUACGACACUUGGUUCGUCGUCAUCUUCAGACGCCGCUUCGUUUUGAUUAGAAGAGACGAGCUCGACAAGUUCCGUGUUCGUCAACUCCCCGCACGCUUACGAUGCAAGUGUGAGUUGUGAGACGAGUUAUGCUCAUUUACGGGCUACAGUCGGCACGAUUCUAAAUAAGUAAUGCUCGCAGCAGGGCCGUCUUGCUUUCGUCGCCACGAGGCAAGCUAUGCUCGCUGUGGGGCCCCACCUUGUGUGGUGUUGCCAAGACGGCCACGUCAUGCGCGUUGUUUCAUUUGCCGGACGCCUGAAAUUGUGCGAAGCUGUUUUUCAUUUAUUAAGGAAAUUGUAGACAUUUUCUCAUUGUUUUAGAGCAAAAUUACAGGUGUGUAAUCUAUUGCUAUAGCGAAUAUGAGCCCACGCUGCAUUCGUUAUUUCCGAAAUUUUUAUCCUACGCAGCAUAUGCAAAACUGACGGUGCCGAUGGCAAUUAUCGUUAUAGCGGACUUUACGUUAUAGACCGUAUUCGCUACAACGGACUUUCACUGUAGUUAACUAUUCAUGCAAAGUGAGUGGUAAUAUAUAACUACUUUAAGUUACUUUUUCAGCAAGUCAGUGUGUUUCAAGUGUCCUAACAUUUAAAAAUGGUCCUAAAAUAGCUGCAAGAAAGUGUUCACAAUGGGAAAUUCUUUGAUAUUGGUCCCUGCCAGCUUAAAACAAGAUUCAGAAGAAAAAAAGACCUUCACUUUUUUUUAUUUUUUUUAUAAAAAAAAGAAAGAAUUAUUAUUUGUAGCUAACAUCCCUAUUCACCAUAAUAAGCCUUGCACCCUUAAUAUUUAUACCAUAACCAAUAAUAUUCGUUGUUUAAAAUAAGCUUUGCACGAAACUUUUAAAUACUUGUGACUAUAUUUCACUGAACUUGGGUAAUUAUUCUAAAUUAUAAAUCAAAUUUUAAACUAAUAGCAUUCUUUGUAAUGGUGUUUAUGUCGGUCAUUUUUUUUCAACAUACUUUAUUCCUGCGACACGAGUACUAUUAAGUGUGUGAAUACUUCCAGUAAAAAUCUAUGUAAAUACAUGUCUAAAGAUAUUCUGCAGUAAAUAUUUUAUUUAUGGAUUAAGUGUGAAUAAUAUGUUUACUGUGAUGCAUGAAGAAAAGUGCCAUUAAUGUGAAAUGGCUACUGUCCGUAGCCGUUCUGUUUACUGCAGUGAAUCGCCAUUAACCUCUCGGUCACAAGUACCAAAAUCAAUGUCAUGAUAAAAACAUACUAAAUAGGCAUGUGCGAGAAAGACUUUUUUGAAUUCGAGACGAGAUCGAGAAAGCAAUUUAAAAAUUCUCGAGAAUCGAGUCGAGAUCGAGAAAUCUGUACUUUAGUUAACAGGAUAAUAUGAUCCAAAAAAGUAAAACUCAAUAAUCUGACAAACAUACAUAAUUAUUCAAUAAUUUUAUCAAGUACAGUAUCCACAAUUGCAAUUACAACUUUACCUUUACACUCAAGUUUAUUUGCCUAUUGUCGUAUGUAAACAUACGUUAUUGACUCCAUAGUCUAUACAGUUUCCUUGAGCCAUGGACGGUACUUGAUCAUGAAAGUCUGAACAUUCGCCACUAUCGAUACGGACCGCAAUUUAAACAUCAUGUUGCUUGUUAUAUACUGCUGGCCUUGUGUAUAACCUAAGGCCAUAAAACAAAAUGCAAUCGCGGAAGAAUUCUGCAGUCAUGUUUAUAUUUUUAUUUUUUACCGUACCGUUUUACGUUGAUACUUGAUAUUGAUACCGAAAAUAAUUUAUUUUAAACUUUAAUGUUGGUUUUAUUGACGGAAAAUAAUCAUUUUCUUCUGUAAUUUAAUGUGAUAACCACAGCACAAUUCAUUGUUUACGUUUACCGUUUCAUGUAGUGACUUGUGAACGGAAGUUGUUCGUUUUUAACUUUUUAAUAAUUUAUCGUGUAUACUAUCGUAACAAGUAUAUUUUAUUUUAUACGAUCUACGUUACGUUGAAGAUAUGUUAAUUAUUUCAACACGCAACACAAAAUGUCGCCUCAAUAUAUUAUAUUACCUAACCUAUUUCUUGUUUACAAAAUUCUCGAAAAUUCCGAGCCAAAAAUAUUAUCUCGAGACGAGAUCGAGAAAAUUUCUGUCUCGACUCGUUCUCGAUGAUGCCGAGACUCGCACAUCACUAAUAUUAAACAACAUAAAUUGAGAAAUUUCUGAAGAAGCACACACAUAAAAUUCUCACAUUUCGAAUUAAUUUCCACCACCAUUCAAAAACAAAUCUUUACUCCAGUCAUGUAUCUAAUUUUCCACCACAAUACACUUUCUUCCCGCUGCAAGAUUUCCUGAUAAAAAAAAAUCCAGCAUGCAAAAUGAGUGUCGUUUAUAAGCAAAUGCAGUUUACUCAAACUUGGAGCUUGACAAAACUAGUGUCAUCCUAACACAUAAGGCAUUUUCAACUUUUAAAUAAGCUGCACAAAAUUUUAUGAAAAAUUGUGGCAGGGUACAUACAGUAUUAUCAAUAAUGUUGUUACAACAUGCCCCUGGACCACGAACAGCUCACCUCUGCCCAGGGCGUGAGGCCGGCGGGGGUGUGUCGGAACUGCCACUGCGGCAGCCCCAGGUGCACCAGCAUCAUGCGGAAGUACUGGGUGAAGCCGCGGGCCAGCGGGUGCCACCGGCAGCAGCGGUCCAGCAGCCACACGGAGGGGCCGUGCCGCUGCAGCUCCCGCUCCGCGCCGCCCACGUACGCCAGGCACACCUUGCCCAGCCCCCCGCACGGGUCCAGCUCAAACACCUUGCAGUGCGCCCCCAGCGACGGCCGCUGCAAGCCCUCCUCCUGCUGCUCCCCCCGCCAGCACGCCUCCGCGUCCAGCGGGUUGGGGCAGUCCGCGUCGCCGCCGCUCUUCAGGCCUCCCACGCGGCGCAGCUCUGAGAUGGCGUUCACGCGCAUGUUCCCGACGGGCAGCACCUGCCCUGUGGAACCACUCGUAGACUGACGACACAUGGUCUCAGGGCCCCCUUCCCAUUACUUGUCAAGUACAAUUUUUCAACCCCAACAAUUAAAAAAAUACAUGUAUAAAUACUAGGGAUGGGUCGUGUCAAUUCUUCGGUGCUACAAUUCCGCCGAUUCUGCCAGGAAUCGGAACCGUCGAUUCUUCCACCAAGUUUCAAGGAAUCGUAUCGUAUUUAGUAUGGUACUAAGCACUCUUAAUAAUUUAGAAAAAAAGUUUUUUCCUGAAUGAAACCAGCGAUUCCUGCUAAAAUUACCGUUUCUUUCGGCCAGAAUAUUGUCACAAUAUUUACGUAACUCACCUUGCACUUUGAUUUUAAAAUUCGGUAAAUUACGUAAUAGUUAUAUCACGUUUAUAUUCGUUGCAGUUUCAGCUUAUACAAUUACAUUAUAAAAGUCAUUAGGAUCAAAUGAAAUAUUUGUUUUCCAAACUCUAGAAUCAUAACCGUGUUUUAACUUGUUUCAUGUUGAAUUACACAAUACGUAAAGAAAGCAAAAGAAACAAAUUACAAAUACAUCAUCUCAUCUAGCCGAGUCCGCCAUACUUUAACAUUGUAAACAGCUAACAGAGCAUGCAACAUAACAAAAGCAAUAUUCUCUAUCAUAAUUUCUUUUGUUUGAAGUUUUUAAAUGGUUAAAAUUGGGUUAGAACACGAAAUAUAUCACGGUAUUUUUAUUUAAUAUAAUAAUAUAUUUAACUAGUAUGUCUUAUUAAUUAACUUUUUUUCGUUUGCUUCGCACAUAGAUGGUACAUUUUGACGCGGCUGAGCACUCACUGAAUGAGAUGAAACAAGAAAGCCUCCAUAUUAUCUACUACUUUAUGUUGUAACCUCACUUUUGUUUCUAUUAACACGCUUUUGUCCUAUCAGGAUAAACACAAUCAUAAAAAAGAAUGUUGUGCUCAACUGGGGCUUCUGAAUUUAUGCCCCAAGAAUUUCGUCCUCAAUGGCCCUGCGCAGACACACGCAAAAUUGGGGUUAUUUUCUGGCACCAUGGUAGGCUCCACUUCUUGCACACAAUCCGGGUGGUGUUUGUUGAUUGGCAGUUGGUCACACGUGAUUAGAUCUCGCGCUUCUUGCAAGUUUGUUAUUAGCUCUAAGUUUUUCAGGGUGUUUCAAAUAACCUGUGAACCACUCAUAGAGGCGAUUAAAAUGUAAGACACUUCGCAGUAUAGGUAGAUUGUUGUCAAAUGAAGUGGUUUGAAGCAAAGGUGUGUAAGUGACAAAAUAUAGAUAUGUAGUAUGUAAAGUUGGAGGAUAAUAUUAAACUGUUUGGUCCCAAAGGAAUACAUAUUUAAUCCAAGAAUUUUGCUGCCAUGAAGUAUUUUUUUUGGUAAACUACUUAUCAAAAUGUUCACUCUCUUUGGAGGCUUGAGGCUUAAUUUUCAAAACAAUCCUGUAUUCACUUAUAUUUCUUUGCUUCUGACUGCCUCAAAUAAUAAAACCAAUUUUGCAGAUCUCUAAUGAUAUGACACAGAUUGAUUCUUGUGUUUUGCAUAAGAGGCCAACAAUUAUGUACUUGAGAUUUACCAACAAAACUGUCAAAAUCAGUUGAUGAACGACAUGUGCAUUUCUUUGCAAAUAAUUCUCCAACAUACACACAUUUCAAUGAGAAUAUGUCUUACAAAUUGGGAUAUCAAUUUGAAAAGUGGAAAGUAAUGUAAAUAGAACAGAUUUAGGGACAUAACAAAAUGUAAACCUGACUAUUCAAUUUGUGAAUAUACGUAUAUCGUUACGAUAAGGGUUUUCACAUGCGCCAUUAAAACAAUUUUUGUAUAUUUAGGGGUCACUACUAUUAAUAAAAAAUAAUCUAGAAUGUUGGAUUCUGGGUUACUCUUCUACUUUGAGAGCAGAUAUUAGACAUCAAACAAUGUUUGAUUAGAUAUCAAACAAUGUUUGAAAAGUUUUAAAAGUUUACUGUAUAAAAAAACUAGGAGACGAAAUCACGAAGAAUAUUGCAAAAAAAAUACGUACAAUUUUGAGGGAGUUGGCAUAUUUACUCAAUAGGAAUCCCAAGAAACAACUAUUAGUAGAAUGUGCUUGUGACAAUUCAAUUCCAAAAAGGUACCACUCAGCGUUCGCAAACUAAUUGGACGCUGGACAUAUCUGAAUGCACCAAUAAAGAAGUUUUAAACUACUACUGCAUUCCAACUCUGACAUACAAAGCUUUACAACCACAAUAAUGCACUAGCUGAAUCUUUCAUGACAUGCGUUUAUGAUGGUUCAAUUGCUAAACAAGCCAUUCAGUUUUGAGUCCAUAGACUGCCGCCUGCACGCUGGGUUUAUAUCCAUACUUAAUCCACGUAAUAUUUUCUUUGUGAAAUUUACGGAACUGCAGCAUCUCCUCCUAACAAAAGAGCAUCAUACAAGACAGAAUAGCAUAUAAAAGAACCAAGCUGUACCGUGUUUUAUCACAGAAUCGUCGCACGCGCGUAAUCGUCGCAACCAUAUUUUUGGCUGUCAAAAAUGGGAUAAAAAAACUUCUCGUGUAAACGUCGCAUGAUGUUUUUGGUCCCGCUAGUAGAUGCCAAACGCUUUGUGUAGGUAUCUUUUCCAUAUAAAACGAUGUAUUUUAAAGUAGAAACCUAAUAUUUAUUCGUUCAUUACCACGUACUUAAUAAAUUAACGGAAAAAUACGACGUUGUUUGGCGUGUAAAUUUUCUUACAAAGACGUUUUUAAAAGUUAUUUCCUUUAUCUGAUCGUCUGCGUCGCCGCGGUGUAGGUAUAAUCUAAAAUUUAAUUUCGGUCAUUACCACUUAUUUAUUUAAUUAACGGAAAUACAAAGUUGUCUGACGUGUAAAUGUUCUUUUAAAGACGUUUUUAAACGAUAUUUCCUUUAUCUGAUUGUCUGCAUUACCGCGGCGUACCGCUUAUAAAAAUGUAGCCAGCGCAUCAUUCAUGUUUGGUUAUGUUGCUUCCCGUAUAGAGCGCGCGCACGUAGUCGAAUAUCGAUAUCUCACCGAUUGGAUCCAACGCGCGCGCUCUCUGUCAGGUGCCGAGUUAACUACAUUUGAUAGCCCGCAUUCUUUCGUGGCAAGUGUGUACACUACGACACGUUAGUUCACGCGUUCGCUUUAGAGUUUUGGUUUUUCUAUUUAAAGUUGAAGAAAGGUUUUUGUUUAAGGAAUUAUUAAUAUAGAUUGUUUGGCGUGCUCUUGUAUACUCCGCCUUUUUUUUUAAAUAAACGUACUUUCCAUGAACGGGAUUUGUUUUUAUGAAUAACUUUACCUAACAAAAAAAAUUUUUCCGCACAAUGGUUGCACCCCUACUUUUCAAACUUGAUUUUAGAAUAAAAUCUGCGACGAUUAUGCGAGAAAACACGGUAGUUUUGCAUUACAAAAUAAACUUAAGUAAUUACAAAAAAUACUGGAGUUCCACACACUUUCUAUAGUUAUUGUAGCCAAAAGCCCAUUUCCCGUUCUGUAGAGUCUUCUUUCUUGGGAAUGCCUGGAUUUAAUUGAACUACUUAAUAUUACCUAGGUAUACUUAAAAUGAAUAGUACCGUAAUUAUCUUUUCAUGUAGGUAAUCGGUAAUAGCCAGUAAGAUUAAUUUAAUCUCCCUUGGCAUUUCACUAAAGGUGCUUAAGACAGGAGGAAUUGUUUCAAAGAUCCUUUGAUCCGUGCCCAUCAAAAUUGGCAUCGAGCAGUUGGCAUAACAGGCACAUUAAUAAAAUGAACUUGUGCUCAGAAAUG